UGCAAAACACAGACAGCCCAGUCAUUACCUGCGGCGGAGGCUGUUUGACACUGAAGGUACGUCUCUUUUUGUCAGCGUUUUAUCUCGUAACAGCUCACUGAACAUCGACGACAUGAAGGUGAAGAUUUCGGAAAGGCUCCACUGGUGAUCAGACGCCUCCUGCAUCCUGACUGUUAUGGAAUUUGAGACGCCAGACACAAAGCACUGACUGCUCCUGCGUGAUUCCCACUACUAUCUUUUCCUCCACUUGGAGAAUUUUAGACUUUUUUUUUUUACUUAGGUGUGUGUGAGGCUUGGCAGACCAAGUUAUAGCUUGUUGACUCAUGGCGAUUAACACGGAUGUUGAAGACUGGGGCGGAGUCGGGAGUAAUGACUCUGGAGAAAGGGCAUGGCUCUUGCAGAGUCCCAGCGUGGAUUCAGAUCGUCAUCUUGACACGGAGGGGAGGAGGAGCGGGGGUGUGUCGUCUUUGGGAGCGUGUUUCAUCGUAGUGAACGCAGCACUUGGAGCAGGUCUACUUAAUUUCCCUGCAGCCUUCAGUAUGGCUGGAGGUGUAACUGCAGGAGUGAUGCUUCAAAUGUUCAUGCUGAUCUUCAUAAUCUGUGGACUGGUGGUCCUCGGCUACUGCUCUCUGGUCAGUAACGAGAGCACCUAUCAGGAAGUUGUUCGAGCCACUUGUGGGAAAGUCACAGGAGUCAUAUGUGAAGUAGCCAUCGCUAUCUACACCUUUGGGACGUGUAUUGCUUUCUUUAUUGUCAUUGGAGACCAGCUGGAUCGCUUGAUAGCUGCAGUGGCUCAUGAUACUGAUAGCACAGUCCACGGCUACUGGUACACUGACCGCAAAUUUACCAUAGUUGUCACUGCAGUCUUGAUUAUUCUUCCUCUCUCCAUCCCCAAAGAGAUUGGCUUCCAGAAGUAUGCCAGUGCACUGAGUGUGAUGGGCACCUGGUACGUUACCAUUGUGAUCAUUAUAAAGUAUUUUGAGCCGGAUAAGGAGGUUUCUCCGGGCUAUAUUCCCACCAGUUCUACUUCCUGGACUGCAGUUUUCAAUGCAAUGCCUACCAUAUGCUUUGGUUUCCAGUGCCAUGUCAGCUGUGUGCCAGUGUUCAACAGCAUGAGGAGGAAAGAGAUCAAACCUUGGGGACUUGUGGUCACUCUCAGCAUGAUUAUCUGUCUUUUUGUUUACACAGGAACAGGUGUUUGUGGCUUCCUGACAUUCGGCUCCAAUGUUAAUCAGGAUGUGUUGAUGUCGUACCCCUCUAACGAUAUUGCCGUGGCCAUCGCAAGAGCUUUUAUUGUCAUCUGUGUCAUCACUUCCUACCCUAUUUUACACUUCUGUGGCAGAGCGGUUAUUGAAGGACUUUGGCUACGUUUCCAAGGCGAGCAGGUGGAGGUGUGCGUCCGCCGUGAGCAGAGGAGGAGGAUCCUGCAGACUCUGGUGUGGUUUGUUGUCACCCUCGUCCUUGCCCUCUUCAUCCCAGACAUUGGUCGGGUAAUCUCACUGAUUGGAGGAUUGGCAGCCUGUUUUAUCUUUGUAUUCCCAGGUUUGUGUUUGAUGCAAGCCAAGCUGUCAGAAACAGACAACCGAUCUGCAAGCUGGCAUGGGAUGGUGAUCUUCGGUGUUGUCAUGGUUACACUUGGAGCUUUCAUCUUCGGGCUCACCACGACCAACUCCAUCUAUCAAGAUGUCGUCAGCUAAAAGGGACAUUUUUAUCGGCAACAGCAGUGUCCUUGUUGUUGAAGAUGGGGGUGGGGGGGUGCUUAGUCCAUUGCUGCUAUUCUGAAAUACUGGAUAAAGAUGAAGAAGCAUCUCAUUUUAAAAAAAUCAACACCCACUAUGGCAUGCCACCCUGCUGUAGGGCUCUUUACUCAGUCAGGUUGUCAUCAGAGACACCCCACCUCACCUUUUCUUUUGUGUAACGUUAAAUUGCAUGUUUUAUGUUUUCAUGAUGAUUUUAACUUGCAGUGGGAGCGCGUUUUGACAGAUCAGCCGGGCGCCAGACAGAACGGCUUCCCCUGUCUCUGGGCUCUGUGUGGACAACACAUUCCUGUCGUGUUUACAAGAGCUGACGGACUUUUGUACAAUGAGCUCUUAUAAUCAAAUUGAUUUUAAUAAUGGAAUUGUACCAAUUUGUGUAUUUUAUCUUGUCAAAGUAAAUGUUUCUUAUUGAAAAUGACAUGCUGUGGUUUCCAGGUCUAAUCCACACACUGCUCAUAGUGUGUCCACAAAUUACAUUAAGGGAUAGUUUUGCAUCAUUAAUGAGUGAUGUGUUGACUGCAGCACUGGGCAGUUCAAGUCUUGCUAAUUUGUUGAUUUCCAGUCUGUACCUCUGACUCUUUUUCCAGAGUUGGAAAAAGUCAGAUGGCCCUUUAAAAAAAACCCAUUAACUGGCAGAUGGACUGAAAACCACAGCAGUGUAUCUCUUCAAACACUGUGCUCGGGUCUGCAGGGUGUCCAAGACGAGCAGAACCUCCACAUUCAGGAUAUGAAAAGCCAAACUUGAUUCCUUACAGUUGUGAAAAUGCGACUCUGUGUGAAUGUAUGGAAAAAUGGAUGUAACGCACACAGACUUCAGUUUGCACAUAAUUUACAUAAAACACUUUUGUGUUGAUGCACAGUCUACAGACAGCUUGUUUGUCAGGAGGGAGAAGCCAACUAAUCAAACUCUGAGUGUGAGGUUUGAUUUACUUGAAUCAGUACACACCACUGCAGGCUUCAUUUUUAGUCUUUUUUUUUUUUUUAACCUAGUGUGAGUUUUCUUUUGCUUUUUGGGCCAAAUAUACACAACCUUAAUUAUCUUAACACUAAUUAAAGAUAUUCAUAACACAAUUAUUGAGAUACUUAAAGGCUUUACUAUUAAAUGGUAAUGAAGGGCAAAGAUGAGUGGAUUUAUUUGAUCAGACUGUAACACAGCUAAUAAUCUUGUGUACAUUGUAAAAAUGUUAUAAUCUUUAAUUCGAGUGAGGUUCAAGACUUGACAGUUGUUUUUUUUUACUGUUAUUCCAGGUUGAUAAACACCAGAAAUGUACAGUGUUUCAUUUGUGGACACGAGGGACAGAGAAUGUAAAAGAGAUUGUUUUUUUUUUAUUAUGGAGAAGCCAUUAUGUCACAGUGUUGGACUAAAUACACUUCUGAGUAAGGGACAGAAGCUAUAGUCAAAACAAUAAUGUUGCCUGUGACCUGUAUAAAAACAGUGUUGGACUGUUUUUAUUUUAUUAAAAAAUAAUAAUCUUGCAAUCAUUGUUGGAAUAUAAAUAGUCUUUAUGGUUUGGUGUCGAACCAUUUGUGUCAAUUUAUUUGAACCUUUUGGUGCUACAGACAAGUUUGUCUUGUCAUGAGUGAUGAAUGUCAGAUGCAUUUAUGAUUUGUCAGUGUUUUACUGUGUUUUCAUGGUAAAGAUGUAGUUUUCUUUUCCCUCUCCAAUGCAUUUGUUCAAGAAUCAUGUUUGUAAGUUAACUUUGUGUGUGAGACAACAGGAAACAUUCAUGUUCAUUGCAAGUUUUAAUAGAAAUACAAGUGUGUGAAAUACAAAUAAAUGAAUCACAAUCAAAGCAUGUGAACAAAUCUGACAAUCCAUGUUACUGGCAGUUCUUUUAAUAAAGACACAAAUGGAAGUGGAA